GUAAGUAGGUGAUGCCAAAACUGUGCAAUGCCUCGUGCGCGAAAGGGAGAGACAGCCGCAGAGGGCCCCAAGGCAAAGAAAACUAGGAAACGCUCAGCUCCCGAAGCUGGGCAAAAAGAACAUGUGGCUUCGCACAGCGGAAACACAGAAAAGCAGCGAACUGUGGAUGGAAAGCACAAGAGAAACAGUGCAGAACAGACUGGGACCAGGCCCAAAAAGAAUCGGAAACGUGGCUUCACAGACUACAUGGACCACACAGCCGUAGAUGAACCCCCUGGAUCUCAUGGAUCUGAGGCUACAGACAAGCCACCUCCAAUGGUUGUCGUACCCUUGCCUUCUGGUACAGCUGAGCUGCUCAAAGAUACAAGGUGGCUUGAGCAUUUCAAGGCAGUUGCAGAAUCAGUGGUAGACGUACAGAUUUUCACAGUCAAAGACACUGAAGAGCCUAGUGAUUGCCAUGGAGAUCCAGAGGUUUUUGAGGUCUCCUCGCCCAACGGUCAAACCAACUGCACUGGCAAGUACUACUUGCUUCCAGGGAAAGUCAAUGAGCACAGCAUUUGGAAGAAGGACGGCCAAGACCGUUGGAUCUACAGUGGCACUGAUGGCACUUGGUUAGUGGGGGGGCCCGCGCAGCAAAAGCAAGGCUUCGCGUGUCGUUCUGGCCUUCUACAUCAAGCCGUGCUUCACAAAGGAGAGAUGCCUGACAAGCUCCUGUUUGGCAGUUGGAAACGUGUGGAUGGCAAGACCUGGAAAGAGGACCCAGAAAUCAGUGUGAAGGCUGCAACGCCACUACUGCCAGGUCAGCCAGUGCAAGUCACCGGGCAUGGCAGAAACGGCUGGCUUGGCCGACUCAUUUCCAGGAGGCAAAGUGACGAAGGGAACUUCUGGCAAGUGCAAUUGGCCAACGGCCAGGAAGAGCUGCCUGAGCAGAAUUUGCAACUGAAGAAGAUUGUACAAGACGAGGUGUGGUUGACAGUCCUGACUGAAGCAUCAACACAAAGAGCCGUGCAGAUGUGUGAAGUGUUGGCGGCAACACUUAUGGGAGGUGUGGUGAAGUUCUCACACCUUGCAACUGCAAAGGCCACUGGACACAGUGGACACAGUGGACAUAUGGUGGUUGGAGAAUGUCCAUUUCUGCUUCCUGGAAAAGUACAACAACGUUUGGGAGCGGCAGAACUCUGUCGCUUCAUGGAAAAGUUCAGCGUCAUCCUGGGCUUUGAAGAAAGGAUGGGCCAAGGCGGGCAAGGCGGCCAAGGCGGCCAAGGUUUGAGCCCGAACGACCUCCAGCUGUCCCUUUUGAUUUUUGGCCCAAAUCCAGCACCCGCUGUGUUGGCGCUUCUGGGGCGCAUCGAGGAGUUGAUUCCCGAUUGCCUUCGUUCUAUCGCUUCGCUGGAUCCUGAAGCGUUGGAGCCUCCUGACUCGCAGUUUGGUGCAUCGGUUUGCAGCAGAUCACUACCUGCUGAGAAAGAUUGGCUGCAAAGAUUGGCCACGGCUAUGCAGGUUCAGGCAUCCACUGUUGGGGGUGUCAGCAUACUACUGGGUGGAAGACCAGAACGAGAAAAGAGCCUGCAACUGAUACAAACUGCAGAGAGCGGCAGCUCCAAGGUCCUACCAAAUAUGCUCGAGCCGCACUGUGCCAGCACUCGAGUGCCAGAGGCCGCCCAGAUUGCUGUUGGAAAAGAACUGGAAGCUCUCAAAGAAGAGCUUGGUGUGAUUGCUGUUUGGUGUGUCCAAACGGAAUCAGCGACCACAAAAGAAGUCACAUUGGAUGUGCGAGAGGAUUUGAUCCCUGGUACAGCUGUACGUGCAGUUUAUGAAGAUGGAGACUGGUAUGAUGCAACAGUCCUUGAAGUCCAUCCUGUGAGUGACAUGGUGGAUGUUCAAUGGAAAGAUGCGUCUUCUUCAAGGCUACUCAUACGAGAUGUCAAACUGAAGCUCAGCACAGACAGCCAGCAAAGGCGGAAGAGAGAGGCUUUGCUGCAGACAGCUCGGCGCUUAGCCAUCUUCGGUCCAGCGCGAGAACGCAAAAUCGCGGUGGCCAGCGUGAUGGUUUUGGUCGAGGAGCACUGCCGUGGCCUUUGGACUGAAGACCUUUUGCAGACGGUGGAGGAGCUGCGUGGAUCGACCCAUGAGGAGACCUCAAUCGAUGUGAAGCUUUGUCCUUUCAUUGGAGGUCCUUACCCUGCCCUGCACAUUCUCAAGACAAUCAAAGGCUUGAAGGAAAGCCUGCAACGUGCAGCCUCGGCCAGCGGGAGCUAUAUGUGCCUUUUAGGGAAGCCUGCGCUGCUGGUGGUCGGAAACCAGCAAGAGCGAAGUCAAGGAUUGGAUUAUUUGGAAUGGAUUGCUGCAGAUAAGCUUGUUUGGGAGACCUUCUCCUCAAGUGCAAAGUCCUGGUUGGAGGAUGAAGUCCAAUGGUCAGAUGGUGAAGAUAAGUUUCUGCUGUUCAUGGACGGCAACAGCUUGGGCUUCACAACGAACGGCAUCUUGAAGGUUCGCGAGGUUGCGACUGCUUCUUACAGUGGUUCCGAGCUUUGCCUGAGCGGCAGUGGAAGCACCAUCCGAAUAGCAACGGACGAAGGUGUGGUGAAGAGAGUCUUCCAACUUUUUCUUCGCUCUCAGCUUUCUAAAGCGCUUGGCACGUCUAGAGGUGACACUACUACCAUCGAGACCACCUUUGGUCAAGCAGUUUGGUUAGAGCCAGUUGAGCUUCGAACAAUCGAGAGGCAGACCAAGACUCUUGUAAUUGUCCCUCAAAUUGACAGAAGCACAUCGAAUUGGCAGCCAGAUGCCAGCUGCAAGAUCCUGGUUUGUGGAAGGGAGACUUGUCGUGAAGAAGCUGCUACAGAGUUAGCGAACUGCCUAGAAAGUCUGGCGAACCGUAUGGCACAGCAGAAGGAGGAAGAGGAGGAAAUCGUGGAGGAAGAACCGGCUCAAGCCGCUCCGGUGCGGAGGGCGCCACCUCCAAAAGCUGCAGUGGCUGUAGAGGAAGAUGCAGAGAGAUGGAGAAGGACAACAGGCCCCAGCAACCCUUUGGAAGAACUUCGAAAACUCAAAUUCUGGCCAAAGGACAACAAAUCUUGGGGAGCUCUGCAGGAGCAAGUUUGGCGUGGUCACCCACCCUUACUUCCAGGCUGGAUUCGUGUAUGGUCUCGUGCCAAGGACCAAGAGUGCUUUGUGAAUAUGAGCAGUGGUGAGACGACUUUUGACUUCAAAACAGCAGCAGGAUAAGAAGGCCCCAGCAACCCUUUGGAAGAACUUCGAAAACUCAAAUUCUGGCCAAAGGACAACAAAUCUUGGGGAGCUCUGCAGGAGCAAGUUUGGCGUGGUCACCCACCCUUACUUCCAGGCUGGAUUCGUGUAUGGUCUCGUGCCAAGGACCAAGAGUGCUUUGUGAAUAUGAGCAGUGGUGAGACGACUUUUGACUCCCAAACAGCAGCAGGAUGAAAA